CAAUACUUGCAAUAAUAUAAAAAAUAUAAGUACCAAAAACAAUUUACUACUGUAGUUUAUUGGUUGCACGUAAUCCUUAUUUACAAUUUCUCAAAAACAUAAUUUGUGUUCGGUUCUUAGUUCACAGUCGAAGCAUACGUAAAUUAUGUAAAAGUUUUAUGUCUAGUUAAAGCCAGCGACUCGGUCGCUAUGUGAGCGUGUUAUGAGUGAAAGGUUCUGAAAUGUCGUGGGGGUAAUUUGGACAAUUUGGCUGUAAUCAAUCAAAACAAUGGUUCCUGCACCGAGCUGCCCCAAUACCUGGGACUAUUGGACGACGUCCCCGUCCUAUAUCGUGGAUUUAACAUGUCUGCUGCCCAACUCUGUUUACAUUCCUAUUACACCAAAUUGGGACGCAACACUGCACGACGUGAAGGAGGAGUUAUGGAUGAAAGCUGCGAGAUAUCCCUUAUUUGGGAUGCUGCACGAGAUGUCCGACUAUGUGUUCCAAUUCAUAAACUCACUGGCGGUUCUGGAGGAGGUGAACGACGAGAACAAACGCCUUCGAGACAUCAAACCCACCUUUGGGGUGCUCAAGAUCGUAGAACGGUCUAUGAGGCCUGGGGAACAGUUCCUUAAUAUGCAAAUAAGUCAUUUAAUUGGAAAAGGUCUAAAUGAGUUCGACAACCUCCGGAGUUCAGAAGUGAACGAUUUCCGGACCCGAACCCGGUACAUAGCAGAGGAGAGUCUCGUAAAGCGCGCCAGAGCGACCCCACUGGAGAGGCUGCGGUACCAGUGCCCGCCGAGAUUAGCCAAGAGUCAUAUCGUGCAUCGGACGUUGCAGAGCCAUCUUAGUAGUAACAAGUUCUAUUUGACUACCACCAUCGUCGAUACAGACCGCAAAACCACGACCCACGCGCCAGCGACGUCUACUCCCAAACAGCACAUAGAAUACAUUCUACACAAAAAGAUCAAAGAGUACUCCAUGCGCUACUCCAGUCAGGACAGGCACAAAUACGUGCUGAAAGUGGCCGGCCGCGAGGAAUAUCUGUUAGGAGACCACCCGCUGAUCCAGUUUCUCUAUAUACAGGAGAAGCUGUUGAGAGACGAAGUGCCGCAUGUGAUGAUUGUCAAUAUAGACAAGCUGUCGUUGUCGGUCGGCGAUUCCCGGUACUUGGUUGAAUCAAGAGGGAGGCUAGCCUCCGAGCCUCCUACCGGCACCAUGCGGCGGAUACGCCAAGAAGAGUACCUCUCCUCAUGGAGCGUGGAACAGAACUACACAUGCACCGUGCAAAGCGUCGGGGGUCUCAAUGUGGACACCAACAAACUUGUCGAGGUGGUCUGCCAAGCCGGUAUCUUCCACGGCGGCAAGCCCAUCUGCGAGCCCCAGAAGACCAAGAUGGCGGCCGUCUCGAACGAGGGCGUCGCGCGCUGGGACCAAGCGCUCACGUUCCCGAUCAAAGUGCUCAACAUACCGCGCAUGGCGAGGCUUUGCUUCGUCAUAUACUCUACCUCAGAGGUGUAUAAGAGUAAUAAGAGCAAGAAGGGGAAGAAGGACACCACUAAGGACGACAUAAACAAGUUGGCGUGGGCGAACACGAUGAUAUUCGACUACAAGAACCUCCUCCGGACGGACGGCGUGACGCUGUUCAUGUGGACGUACGUCGCCGACGAGACUCAAGACGAGAUGCUACUGCACCCGCUGGGCACCGUCGUGUCGAAUCCCAGCACGGACUCGUGCGCCGCGCUGCAAGUGCGCUUCUCAGACUACGAAUGCCCCUACCAAAUAAUGUUCCCGUCGUCCGACGCAGUGCGAGAACGAGCCGAGUUCCCCGAGAACGGCUCGCCGGAGGUGGUGGCGCGGCUAGCGCGAGAUCUAGACUCGCCGCCGUACAAGGACCCGCUGUACGAGAUGCACGAACUCGAGAAGAAGGACAUCUGGGCCUCCAGAAAACAGUUCCGCGACACCGCACCCCACCUGCUGACCAAGCUGCUGGCGUGCGUGGAGUGGGGCGAGCAGGCGGACUCGGCCAGCGUGGUGUACAUGAUGUCGGAGUGGCCCAUGCUGCCCGUCGAGUCCGCUCUCGAGCUGCUCGACUACGCGUAUGCCGACGCGGCCGUACGGAGCUUCGCCGUCAAGUGCCUCGCCAAGAUCACGGACGAAGAACUCCUUCUGUACCUGUUACAACUCGUGCAAGCGUUGAAACACGAGUCGUACCUGAUGUGCGACCUGUCUCUGUUCCUCCUGCAGCGCGCCUUCAACAACAUGACCAUCGGACACUACCUCUUCUGGCAUUUAAGGUCGGAGAUGCACGUAUCAUCGGUAUCAAUACGAUUCGGAUUGGUCCUCGAAGCGUACUGUCGCGGCAGCCAAGACCACGUGGACACGUUGCUACGACAGAUCAGCUGUUUGGACAAACUCAAGUGGCUGAACAAUAUGGUGCGCAAGCGCAACAAAGAGAGCAUAAACAAAGCGCGAGCCGCCAUAUUGUCGCUGCUGCAAGAGGAGCACUGCCGCGAGACGCUCUGCAACUUCGUGUCGCCGCUCAACCCCAGCUUCGUGUGCAAAUCUGUCAGACCGGAGAAGUGCAAAGUGAUGGACAGCAAGAUGCGGCCCCUGCAGCUCGAGUUCGAGAACAUCGAGUCGUGCGGGCCGGAUAUCCGGAUCAUCCUCAAGAUCGGCGACGACCUGCGACAGGACAUGUUCACGCUGCAGAUGCUCAGGAUCAUGGACAGUCUGUGGAAGAACGAGGGAUACGAUUUCCGAUUGAACCCCUACAACUGUAUAUCGUUGGACAACGCGGUCGGCAUGAUUGAGGUGGUAGAUUUGGCGGAGACUGUCGCCAACAUACAGAAGGCGAAAGCCAAUUUCAACGUCGCUUCGACCAUAUCCAAGGCCAAUCUGUUCCAAUGGCUCCGGGAUUAUAACCAGUCAGAAUCUAGCUUCAAUAAGGCAGUGGAGGAGUUCACGAUGAGCUGUGCGGGCUACUGCGUCGCCACCUACGUCAUGGGCAUCGCCGACCGCCAUCCAGACAACAUCAUGGUCAAAAGGAACGGACAGCUAUUCCACAUAGACUUCGGUCACUUCCUCGGGCACUUCAAGCAGAAGUUCGGGUUCAAGCGCGAGCGCGUGCCGUUCGUCCUGACGCACGACUUCAUACACGUCAUCAACAAGGGCGAGCGCGGCUCCGGCGUCAAUGACCCGCUGCACUUCAAGAUAUUCCGGGAACACUGCGAAACGGCGUUCAAAAUCCUUCGGCGGCACGGGCACCUGAUCCUGUCGCUGUUCUCCAUGAUGAUCUCCACGGGCCUGCCGGAGCUCAAGUCUGAGAAGGACCUGCAGUACCUCCGAGAUACCCUAGUACUACACUUAUCAGAAGAAAAAGCGAUCGAGCACUUCCAGCUCAAGUUCACCGAGGCCGUCAAAAACACCUGGAUGACGUCCUUCAACUGGGCGUUCCACAACUUCGACAAGAACAACUGACAGCGGCCCGGCCACCGGCGGCGGCCGCCGUCCAAGUACUCCCCGCAGACGCUGUAGCCAGCCGCUACGGACUACCAAAUAAGGUUCAAUUUGCUGGGAGGAUUGAGUGCGCAUACGACCUUUUUCUAUGGAGAUAUGUA